AUGGCGGCUAGAAUAAGCCCAGAUGGUAACCAUAUGGUCAGGCACCUCUUUCCCCUUCCUGUUCUUCAAUGUCUAUCCGACUAUCGAGGCCCGGGAAGAAUAGCCCCAGAACAUUACUUCUCGCCCGAACAACACCUCAUCAUUAACCGGCACAGCGUCCAUAGCUCCGUCGCACUUCGUUUGAUCCGCACCCCCCUCGCAGGAUUCUGGUGGUGGUCACGGUUGGCGGAUCCACUAAUUCGGCUAACCACGGCGAAUAACAGCUCCAAUUCUGGAAAUCUGCCGCACUCUUGCCGCUCGAGGCCAUGUCAUCGAGUUCACGACUCUCGAGGGCGUGCCGACCUUGUUGCGGCAUACCCUUUUGUCUCAACCGUCCACCUGGUCGGCCGUGCCGUCACACCCAGCGAGGAUCGGCAGCUUAACGACAAGUUCAGCAGAUGGGACAACCAUGAGAUGAUUGAGUGCGAAAAGUUCUACAACUCUUGGUGGCCCGAGAUGCCGUGGCUCAUGGCCCCCCAUUUCUGGAUUCCCGGCGAGCCCGGUACCCAAGUUUCGUUGCCUAACCAGCGAGCAUGCCUCCAUGUGAGAUCGCCUCUACGACCAGAUCUAUCUCGUCCGAUAUGCGCCCCCCAGAGGGCAGUCUUGGAUCAUCCGUCCACCACCCUGUGUGUGACCCAUGCCGGGCCAUCGUCGGCCAACGAGGCCCUGUUCCAUGGUGAUCCAAUGGUCUCUAUGCCCUUUUACGGUGAUCAAAUCCAACAUAGUCUUUGCCUGGUGGCCGCUGGCGUUGCCAAGGGUGUCGACAAGGAUACAUUCACACCCGCCCAACUGGCGUCCACAAUUUCUGCCAUGAUGGUCGAUAGCGAUGGUGAAAUGCACAUCAUGUUCAUCGGAACGGUCCGCUUCGUUGGUGUAACGGCAGGGAGAUGA